AUGGCUUUAUUGAUGAGAGUCAUCCCCGAGACUUGGGGAGUGACGGUGCUCGUAUCAAGAUGGAGUGCAUGUACCCAAUUCAUGUCGCAGCCCAGCUCGGCGACACUUACAUCAUGCGAAUCCUCCUGGAGACCGGUGUGGAUCCUCAAACUGGUGCAUACGGAGGACACACACCCAUGGACUUGGCCAAGGAGGCAGAUGACAAUGGUUCGCACUUGCGCAUGUUGCAGCUCUUAG